AGUCCAACAGUCCGUGUUCUGUCAGUAUACAGUGCCCACGUGCAGUAAAUUGUGUGACGAAUAAUUUUCGAUAGUAGAUUUUAGUUAGGUGUAGAAAUCGUAUAGUAAUGGAUUCCGAAAUUCAGCAGUCACCUUCUGGAAGCCCCAGUGACGGGAACAAUGACCCAGGAAAAAUGUUUGUCGGGGGAUUAAGCUGGCAAACUACACCUGAGGGACUGCGCGAGUACUUCAGCAAGUUUGGAGAGGUUACCGAGUGCAUGGUGAUGAGGGAUCCGACAACGAAGCGAUCCAGGGGCUUUGGAUUCGUUACCUACGGAAACCCGGAAGCUGUGGAUAAGGUGUUAUCCCAUGGACCCCACGAGCUUGACCAGAAAAAGAUUGACCCGAAGGUGGCGUUCCCGAGAAGGGCUCACCCUAAG